AUGGCGUCUCAAACCGUUGACGCUGCCUUCUUAGCGGAGAGCCGCCAGAAUGAAGUCUACGCAACGCACAUUGCCUUUUUUGUGAUGAUGAUGCUUAUAGUUCCAUGCCGGUUCUUUUCAGCAAGAAUAACAAAAAAGAAGUUGGGAUGGGAUGACUGGCUUGCAUACUUUGCCGCAUUCAACACCAUUGGCGUCUUUAUCGGAAGUAUGCUAUGGCUUCGAUUCGGCCUCGGGAGACAUCUCGCAUGGGUGGUGCAAGACGAUCCCAAGAAUAUCGAACGCUUCUUUAAGACCAUUGUCGCCAAUGAGAUGUUCUAUACUACAGCUUUGGCUUGUGCUAGAUUGUCACUGGUGGCCUUCUUCUACCAGAUCUUUGGUGUAUCGAGCAUGCGUUACUUUCUCCAUGGAUUUGUUUUUCUCAUCGUUUCCUGGGCUAUCUCAACAUACGUUCCAUCCAUCCGUACAUGUUGGCCCAUCCACACGUUUUGGGACGGCACACAACAGAACUGUAUCGAUCUUUCCAAAUUCUAUGUCGGAGUCGCGAUUGGUGGAAUCGUAACGGAUAUUGGCCUGAUGGUUCUCCCUCUUCCUUACAUCUUCACUCUCAAGGUCCCACUUUACCACAAGAUCUUGAUUGCCAUGAUGCUUAUCUUCGGAAGCUUUGCGUGCUUCGUCACUAUUAUUCGACUAACCAAAGUUGUCACCGUCGAUCUAACGGACCCGACAUGGGGAACCGUCGACCUGAUGAUCUGGACAGGCUUAGAAGUCUACAGCGCGGUUAUUUGUUGCUGUCUCCCCACCAUGCGUCCGGUGAUCAAAUUUGUCUGGAAGAGAUGCGGCUUGAAGAAUCUGAGUUCUAGCGGUACCGCGGAUGGCUCAAAGCCUACAUCCAGUACGGCGGGUAUGUGGAGUAGUAAGUCCUGCCAGAACUCGCGACAUCGGCAAGAUACUGUGCUUGGCAGUGGAAAUGCCGAUGAGGUGGAAUUAACGAAAUGUGCUUAUUAUGAGCUACACUCUGACGUCCCUCCGCACACAAGCUCGCAAAAUUCAAUUACGGAGCAAGUACAUCAGCCAGUUUGA